AGCCCUGCUUGGUGCCAAAUCCAUCCCAGAGCUGUGGGGCCAGGCAGGGCUUUGCCUCCUGCCUCCAGGGCCAGGUCCCGGCAGGGCCGGGGCGCCGCAGGCAGCAGCACGUGCCCAUGGCGGUGACCCGGCUGGCCCUGCCCUGCCGUGCUGCUGCAGACGGUCUGGCCUCAUUAGGCUUGGGCCUGUUUCAAAGUCCUGUGGCUGUGGCAGCAGCAGCCGGCGGGGUCCCAGCACCCCCCAGCUCCGGGAAUUGACCCAGCCGGGGGCUGUGUGCUGCUCGCUGCCCCCACUCCAGCCUAGCACAGAUGAUGUGGUGUGGCCAUGCCAGUGUCUCCCCAGUGUGAAUGGCUGGUGCCAGCCUGGGCCAGCAGAGUGAGAUGGAUGUGACCACGCUCCCGGGCACGGGGGCACCACUAGGCCUGUCCCCCUGCAGCCCCUGUGCUUUGGCACAGCACCAAGUGAGCCCCUGGGGGCUGCACUCCUCUGGGUGAGAGAUGUAGCUGGCAACAUGGUGGCAGGAGCGUGGCAGCUCCUGGGGCUGCGGAGACCAAGCAUGGUCAGCACAGCCAGCCUUGGCCAGGGCCACCCACUCCCCAGCCUCCUGGUCUGCCUCCAGGCUCCCUGGCCAUUGCUGGGUUCCCCAGGGCCAUGCUGCCACCUUGGGCUGGGGACACAUCUGAUGGCCAGGGAUGGUACCUGGGUUGGCUGGCACAGCUGGAGGCUGUGGGGCUUUGGCCAAGUCCUGCUCCCUGCGGCACUGCUGGGGCUGGUAGGGGGGACCAAUGGCUCCAGGAGAGAGGGAGCAGAGCUGGGGGCUGCUGGGGAUGCACCUGGGGUUCUGCCACGCCCAGUGUCCUCAGCACAGAGCUGCUCAUGGGAGCCCAGCCUGAGCUGGCAGCGUGAGGGGGGACACUGAGGCCACCGGUCCCUGAAAUGAGGGGGCUGAGGGCUUCCAGGAUGGAGCCAAACGGCAGCGGGGCUGGAGCCGUGCUGGGAACCGCCUGGGAGGAGUGGGGGCACAAGCAGGGGCUGGGGGGCGCUGGGCCAGCCCAGUUGUGUGGAAGGGGUCAAGGAUGUGGGAGGGAGCACGGCUGCCAAGGCUGCUGGUGGGGGCUGGGCACAGCGGAAGGUCCCUCACCCCUACACGGUGACAUGGAGAUGUGCCAGGGCCUGGCAGCAGUGGAAACGGGCAGGGAGUGGCUGCUUGGGAGAGGGGCUGGCACCGGCAGAGCUUGGGGGGGUGCCCAUGGAAGGGUUUGCGGAGCCCAAGGCCCAGGCAGAGGAGACCCCUUGGCGGUCUCGCCCUGCCCCGGAGGUGCCACAGACCCUGAGUGGGCUGUGCCGGUCCCAGGGACCCUGAUGGCAGCGGGGGACGUGAUCGCGCAGCAGCUGGUGGAGCGGCGGGGGCUGCGUGGCCACCAGGGCACCCGCACCCUGCGGAUGGCAGCCAUCGGCUGCUGCUUCGUGGGCCCUGUUGUGGGCAGCUGGUACAGGAUCCUGGAUCAUUUCAUCCCAGGGACGACCAAAGUGGUGGCCGUGAAGAAGAUGGUCAUGGACCAGGGGGCCUUUGCGCCCUGUUUCCUCGGCUGCUUCCUUGCCAUCACGGGGGCCAUGAAUGGGCUGUCGGCAGAGGAGAACUGGUCCAAGAUCCAGCAGGACUACAUGGACGCUCUGCUGACCAACUACUGCAUCUGGCCACCGGUGCAAGUCGCAAACUUCUACUUCGUGCCCCUGAAGCACAGGCUGGCUGUUGUCCAGUGUGUUGCUAUCAUCUGGAACUGCUACCUCUCCUGGAAGGCAAAUCAGAUGUGAGGGGGGAGCCGUGUCCCCGCUGUCCCCCUGCUGCCUGACUCCACCCCACAUCGGGAGGUCUUGGAACUGGCACCUGUGGCUGUGGGGGGACAAGAUACUCAGUGUCACCCAUCCUCUUCUCGGGGGACCCAUCACCUGCAGCCGUGACCCUCACUGGUCACAAGAGGAAAAGAUGGUGAUGGGUCCUCCUGGAAAUGGGCCAAUGUCCAGGGCUGCUCUGAGCCCAGCAGCCCACCAUGCUUUGGGACGGCUUUGCCCCUUGAUGCACUUCUCCCUCUAUGCUUGCUGCUCACCCAGCCCGUGUCCCCACUACCACCUUGGUCCAUCUUUCCCCAGCAGGGGACCCGGGGGAGGUUGAGGAGCAGCAGCAGUGGGUAGUGGUGUGGGCUGUGUGCCAGCAGUGCCCCAUAGAUCUGAGGUCAGCACUGCCAGCCCCAGCCCCACUGCUGCUGCUGGGGACUUGAGCUCUGCUACUGGCAGUUGGACACCCAAUAAAUGGCAUUUUCACCUCCUGA